CCGGUGACCUCCCUCCAAGGUUCCUUAAUCCAAAAUGAGGUCUCCUUAUACCUGCAAUCGGUGCCUAACCGUCCUACGCACUUCGAGACCCCAAUUGCGCCCGCUUCCCUUUCGCUCCAGCCCACAAAGCCUCCCGUCACAGCGGCCUCAUUCCACCAAAACCCCCCCCGCGACUCCAAAGCUCGCCCUCCCCCGCCGAAAUGUCUCUUCCUCUGCGAUACAGAAAUUCGAGAAGCCAUUUGAACCGUAUGAAUAUAUCGAUCCCGAGGGUAUUACCCGCAAACUCGUACUUAACGAAGACAACCUAUUCCACUCAUUUACACAUUCACCCAUCCCCGAGAUACGCAAACGAGCAGCCUUCAUGCGGCAACAUGCAUACUGUCCGCACCCCUCGCACAAGCCGACACGCACGCCGCACAGUCCUGUCGAUCUUGAAUCACGCAAGUCGUCUGAGACCGGUACGCCGCCUGCACACGUGAAUUUCGAAUGUCCCGACUGCGGGGUUCCUGUAUAUUGCUGUGAAGAACACUGGGCGGACGACUACGAAGCGCAUUUAGAAGUCUGCGAUAUCAUGAAGGAGGUCAACGAAGACGACCACGAUCUCCGCAGCGGGCGGUUUUUCAAGGAGUUCCUGUUCGCUGAGCCGCAGAUGGAGGAGAUUCUGGUGAACAUGACGAGCUGGGAUUCGUAUCUGUAUACGCGGGAUUACGAUGCGUUGAAUGAGGAUCGCGAGAUGCGGCAGGCGACAGCGCUGUUGACGUAUCCGAUGACGAUUGCGAGUGUGAUACAUGAAUUGAGUCCGUAUAGCAUCCGGAGAGAGAAACGGUUAACGCCGGAAGGGCUGAAGAGCUUCAGCGCACUCCGCCACUCCCUCCACCCCCCCCGAACCGGCGGCGGCGAUACGUGGAACAACCCACGCCUCGCCCCACCCUCCGUCCGCAUCUUCAUCCUCGGCGCGCGCGCCGAAUCCUCUCUUCCGCGAGAGACUUGGAUGCAAAUGGCCUACCUGUUCCACCGGGUACAAUUCUCCCUACACUUCAUCGGUCCCGAAGCCAUGGUCGGCCGCGAAAAUGAACUUCCUUUACCCGACCGCACACCGCUAAACCCCUUCGGUGCCGUAGUGGAAGACCGCAUCAGCAACGCCAUGAAAAUCAGCACAUAUGUAGAAUACUACCACACUUUGCACAAAACGGGGUAUUUCUACCCCUACGACCCAUAUUUUGACUGCUUCGUCCUAUUUCACCCUGGUUUCGGAAACCCGGUGAGCAUGCAUGAAUGGGCGGAAACACUGCCGCUGCUGCUCGAAACGAAAUGCCCGAUUAUUGCAACGGGAUACUCGCCAUGGGAUAUGAAGCAAGAUGUUGAUUAUCUGGAGAAGAGGUUUGGAAAUGAGAUGGAUAUGCUGCUGAAGCCAGAUGAGAAUCUGUUUAGGAGUUUGAGGUGGGAUUUGAAUGACUAUGAUCCCCAUGAUAUUACGUGUAGUAAUUGGGGAGUCUAUGCGUUUAGGGGAAAGAGAUAUGAGACGACGAAGAAGGAGGAUGUGAGGGAAGAAGAGGGCAGUGAGAGGACGGAGUGAGCAGCUGGAUGAGUGGAGAUGAGCGUGUACUACAUAUAUGUAUCAUAUUGUGUACAUCUACGAUUGCGGAACAUGCCACUUCAUGAGGGCUUGCGUAUUCGAAAGAAUUGACCUACUCUAGUGAUGUGUCAGAGGGGCGAAAGGCUACUGGGUGGACAUAUGAAAGGUCAUAACAGGCAAAAGGAUCAUGCAGAGGGAGUCAU